ACAUGUCUCUAAUCCCAAUGAAAAUUUUAUGAUUUUCUUCAAGUGGUUUUUCUUUGAUUAUAAGGAGGUCCAACAGUGGAGAUGAAUGGUUGAGGGAUUGCAGAGAGUGUUGGGUUCUGUGUGGAAUUGAAUGUUGAGAAAUAGAAGGUAAGGGGAGCGAUGGAGAAAGGGAUGUUGGUGUUAGGGUUAGUAGCAGUGAUGGUGGUAGGUGUAGUGGUGGUGGUGGAGAGUAGUGUUGAAGGAGAAGAAGUGAGUUACGAUGGGAGAUCCUUGAUUAUUAAUGGACAACGAAAGCUUCUGUUUUCUGCUUCUAUACAUUAUCCUCGAAGCACCCCUGAGAUGUGGGGAUCAUUAAUAGGCAAAGCUAAAGAGGGAGGGAUCGAUGUAAUACAGACAUACGUGUUUUGGAACCUUCAUGAGCCUGAAAAAGGGCAGUAUGAUUUCAGUGGAAGAGCUGACAUCGUUAGAUUCAUUAAGGAAAUCCAAGCACAUGGCUUAUACGCAAGUCUCAGGAUUGGUCCCUUUAUCGAGGCCGAAUGGAAUUACGGGGGAUUACCUUUCUGGUUGCAUGACGUCCCAGGCAUUGUUUACCGAUGCGAUAAUGAACCUUUUAAGGUGCAUAUGCAGAAUUUCACCACAAAAAUAGUAAACAUGAUGAAAUCAGAAAACUUAUAUGCUUCACAAGGUGGACCUAUCAUACUAUCACAGAUUGAGAAUGAGUAUGAAAUGGUGGAACAUGCAUUCCAUGAGAAAGGACCACCGUAUGUGAGAUGGGCUGCACAAAUGGCGGUUGCACUUCAAACUGGGGUUCCCUGGAUGAUGUGCAAACAAUAUGACGCUCCUGAUCCUGUGAUCAACACUUGCAAUGGGAUGAAAUGCGGGGUAUCAUUCCCGGGGCCAAAUUCACCAAACAAACCAUGGCUUUGGACUGAAAAUUGGACAACUUGGUAUAGAGCAUACGGUAAAGAACCAGAGACAAGAUCUGCCCAAGACAUUGCUUUCCAAGUUGCUCUUUUUGUUGCAAGAAAUGGGACAUUCGUCAACUAUUAUAUGUAUCACGGUGGAACAAAUUUUGGGAGAACAACCUCAGCGUUCACAACGACAAGUUACUAUGACGAUGCCCCCCUCGACGAGUAUGGUUUCAUUAGACUACCAAAAUUGGGGCAUUUGAAGCAACUGCACGAAGCAAUCAAGUCAUGUUCAAAUCCUAUACUAUUUGGAACCCAAUUUACUCUCUCUCUUGGUCAACAACAAAUGGGGUACAUUUAUCAACGAAAUUCAGGAGAAUGUGCUGCUUUUCUAGUCAACCAAGACGAUACGAAAUCCGUUACUGUGAUAUUUCACAAUUCUUCGUAUGAAUUGGGUCCAAGUUCAGUUAGCAUUUUGCCUGAUUGCAAGAACGUAGUCUUCAACACUGCCAAGGUAAAUGUUAAGAACAACACGAGAUUGAUAACAACAGGCAAGAAGUUCAACGAAUCCGAAAUGUGGCAAGAAUUCAAAGACAUUAUUCCUACAUUCGCAGACACAUCAAUGAGAUCCAAAACAUUGCUAGAGCAUAUGAAUACAACCAAAGACAUGUCGGAUUAUCUUUGGUACACUUUCAGCUAUCAACAUGAAUCAUCAAACAGUAAAGCAGUGCUUAGUGUGCGCUCGGCUGGCCAUGUUUUGCAUGCAUUUGUCAAUGGUGCUUUGAUUGGAUCUGGCAAUGGAAAUCACGAGAAGGUAAACUUCACGCUAGAUAAUACAAUUACAUUAAACAAUGGCAGUAACAACAUCUCCCUCUUAAGUGUUACGGUCGGUUUACCGGAUUCAGGAGCCUUUUUAGAGAGAAAAGCGUUGGGGCUUCGAAGGGUAAGGAUUCAUGAUAUACAAAAUUCAAAGGAUUUGAGUAAUCAUCGAUGGGGAUAUCAGGUUGGACUAUUAGGAGAAAAAUUACAAAUAUAUUUGGACCACUCCUCAAGCAACGUUCAAUGGAGAAAUUUUACUUCUUCCAACAAUCCCCUUACAUGGUACAAGAUUAGAUUUGAUGCACUAAUCAAAAACGAGUCUUUUGGAUUAAACCUCGGAAGCAUGGGAAAAGGUGAAGUAUGGAUUAAUGGGCAAAGCAUAGGCAGAUAUUGGGCUUCAUUUCUUACGUCUCAAGGAUCACCCUAUCAAACUUGGUACCAUGUGCCAAUGUCAUUCCUUAAACCUAAAGACAACUUGCUUGUUAUUCUUGAAGAGCAAAAUGGGUCGCCUCUUGGAAUUUCCUUGGACAUCAUAUCAACCAUUUGAGACAUUUAUGCUUUAUUUUUUAGUUUGAGAAAAUUAGAGAGUUAAUUCUUCAAUUAUCGGGAAAAGAAUUUGAGCUGAGGCUAUUUUAUUUCUAGCAUCAAGAUAUUUUUAUUUUAUUUUUAAAUUUUUAAGUUAUUUUAUUUUCAAUUUUACCUAUGCUUAUAAGUUACGGGAAUUACAAUGGAAUAAUAUAUGUACUUUCUUCAAUUUUAUAAAACUAAUAAAAGUUCAGUUAUUAA